AUGUAUUGUAUUCCACGGGAAGCCAUUGCACAUAUCAUUAGCAUGACGCUCUCUGUGGUGAUGCCAGUUCGACCCGUCGGCAACGAGUUAUGGACGCGAGCAAACGACUCGGAUAUGAUAGCGUUUUUCUUUGGCUCAGCUACACUCGCUGGUGCUUUUGGCGGUGCUCUUGCUUUUGCUAUCAUGGACAUGGAAGGUCUAAGAGGUUCGAGCGGAUGGCAGUGUACUUUUAUUAUUGAAGCUCUUCCGCCUUUGUUCUUGCCGUUCGUUACAUACUAUGUCAUGUCAGACUCGCUUAGCAAAGCACGAUUCUUGAACAAGCGUGAGCGCGAAAUCGCCAUCUAUCGUCUCCAGAUCGAUGCAGGACCAGCUGUUGAAGCUAGCUUCUCGUGGAAUCAAUUCAAGGAUAUGGGAUACGACUCUUUUAGAGCCCAUGCACUAACGACUCCUCCUUAUGCUGUGGGAGGCCACACAAAGCGAGCAGUGGGUGUAGCCAUGGUUUCAAACCUGGGUAAUAUCGGGGGCGUCUUAUCUGGCCAUGUGUAUACCAAUGAGCAGGCUCUGCAUUAUGUUCGCGGAUAUGCGAUUUGUCUAAGCAUGCUAUUGGGAGUAUUAACCAUGUGCAUUUUGCUCAAAUAUGCUCUUGUUUGGGUCAACAAGCGACGUGACAACUUCCGUGGAGGAGUAUCAGCGUAUUUGCGAGAAUAA